GAAGCUGAAGUGCAUCCGUUACACUGAUUAGAAGCAGGGAGUAUACUUCGCGUGUUCGGUGACGAAAGAAACGUACCAGAGGAUUUUACCAUGGCCAUAGCGACCGUCUCUAGGCAACAAGGUCAGAGCAUGGUGCUCUUUUUCAUUGGCACUGGAGCAGUAUUCGUGUUGUGUACGGUUUACGUUGGUCUCAACUACGUGCCCAUCAAUGUGCCGAAUGUAACGAGCUUGUCUGAGCGGUUGGUGUUAGCUUCGCGGUGGCUAGUGUUGUCGCUCCUUCCAAUGAUAUAUGGUGUGGUGAAUAUCGCAUUUACUCGGUUUAGCAACAUCGAGACAGCAGGUAUCAACCCGUCCCUUGUGAUCUCAGAGCACCUCACGGGCAUGAAACAACGUGCUCUGCAGAACACCUUGGAGCAAACAGUGAUCCACGUCGCUGCUGUGUUGGCUCUGAGCACUUACCUAGAAGGCGACAGACUGAAACUCGUACCGAUUUCCGUGUUCUUGUUCCUGUGUGGACGGGUGACAUUUUACAUUGGGUACCUGGGUACGAGAAAUCCCUUGUAUCGUGCUUUCGGUUUUGCUACCACCUCCAUAACCAAUAUCGCUGUGAUUGCCUACGGAUUGUACUAUCUGUUUUCCAGCGGGGUCGGACAAGGAUUCUCUAGUUGAGGGAGUGUGGAAGUCGAAAAUAGCCUUUAAUCCAGAACAAAAUGCUUUUAGAUAAUACAGAAGUGGUGACAUAUUUGUGUUAUUGGAUCAAUGUACCGAUACAAGUAGCAUAGCAGCAGGACGAGGAACUUUCCUAUAGAAUGGAUUUCCAUUGAUCAUGUUUGAGACGUUUGAGCAUUUUCUGUAAAAAAGUUGUUAUUUUGAGAGCUAACUUUUCAGAGACGCAUUGCCAUCGCUGGGGGUCAGGAUUAUUGUGUAAAUGUUCUAUAAACCUGCUAAUUUAUGAUGAAAACGAAAUAUUGUAUUCUGAUGGACAAGUAGCAUAAAUUAUAGAAAGUUAGGACCUCAAAUGGAAUUUAAGUCUUGCCGAAAUCAACCAGAGAGAUGCGGCUUGUCACGUAAGCCUACGGCAAAGUACGUCGCGUAUAAGCUUAGAAAACUGGGCCUACGUUCAGCACGAGAAAACGUCUACAAAAAUUUCCAUUCUUAGUCUUACUUCGAUAAGAGUGUUUGCAGCAUCAAAAGAUCAUGAAUAACCACCGGAGCGGCACUUCAUAGUUCAAACUGAGGAAACUGAGUUAAAUUUUAGAACUAUGUUUAGUAAGAGUAUGAACACCACGAGAAGGCGUGACGUGUCGAGGCAAGUUAGACUUGUCCCAAGUCUGACCGCCACAUCUGUUGUAAACCAUCCGCGUGGCAGGUUUUUCAACAAACAGGAAUGCGCACAUUGUCUGAGGUACAUGUAUUUAUGGAUUUGGUCAAGAAAUAUCUGCUAUUGGUGGUAUGCUCACAGAUAUGUACUACAUUAUGAUUUUCUUUAAAGCACAUUUAUUGUAAAUCUGGAUUAUUUUUAACUCUUUAAUCAAAUGUUUUCGAUGUUCAAUCGUUUGCGAUAAUUUUUAGGUGCACUUUUGUCCAAGGUUUACC